GUAAAGCAGCCAAAAUUGAAGUUGACGAUAUUUAUCGGCCUCCUCGCCAUCUUUUUCAAAAUAUAUCCGUGAUUUUCAAAUCUGAGUUUCUCGCCCACUCAUAUCUUCCUUUCCAGAUUUUUCUCAGUUCAAUCCUCUCCAUUGCUAACGCACUAACCGGCAAAUAGCUUUGAUGGCGUCUAUAGAUCAGGAUACUCGGAUCAAGAGGAUUGCGUCUUCGAUCCGCAUCAUUCCCAACUUCCCCAAGGAUGGUGUUAUGUUUCAAGAUAUCACGACGCUGCUGCUCGAUCCCAAAGCUUUUAGGGAUACCGUGGAGUUGUUCGUGGAGAGGUACAGGGACAUGCGGAUCUCUGUUGUGGCUGGCGUUGAAGCUAGAGGGUUUAUCUUUGGGCCUCCUAUUGCUCUAGCCAUUGGAGCAAAAUUUGUCCCUUUGAGGAAGCCAAAAAAGCUACCAGGUAUAUUUUUUAAAUUAUUUUUUCGUCGAUGUGGGCUGUUAUGCAUGUCAAAAUUGUGCCUACAUGUUGAGCAACUAUUGUUUUCCUCAGGUGAAGUCAUUUCAGAAGAAUAUUCUCUAGAAUAUGGUACGGAUACAAUGGAAAUGCAUGUUGGAGCUGUCCAGUUUAAUGAUCAGGUUCUUGUUAUUGAUGACCUUAUUGCAACAGGAGGGACCUUACGUGCUGCAAUAAAGCUAAUCGAACGUGCAGGAGCAGAGGUGGUUGAGUGUGCUUGCGUUAUUGAGCUCCCAGAACUAAAGGGUCGAGAAAGAUUGGGUGACAGGCCGCUUUUUGUCCUGGUGAAAGGUUGAAAGGCAGGCAACAAAUGGCCGACUUUAUGAACUGCAACGCCUUCUGAUCUCCACAUCUUAAUUUAAACGUGGGACUUUUGAGAUCGGGAGUAGCACAAUGUCUUCCAACGGACAUCUAAAUCCUAAUGCGAGUUUGUUAUUCUAUAAUUAUUAGACCUUUGAUUGUGUUUUAGAAAUUAUGUUCUGCUUAAUGGAGCAGGAAUUUUUUAAUUAGUACUUAAUCUCAUCUAUCUAUCUCGAGCUUAUUCCGUCAAA